AUGGCGGGUGGAGGAUUUGUGCCCGGCCCGGGCGGCGGGAAGGAAUAUCCCGGCAACCUGACGACCUACGUCAUCGUGACCUGUGUUAUUGCGGCCAUGGGCGGACUUAUCUUCGGCUACGACAUCGGAAUUUCAGGCAAUUUGGAUCUGAAAAUGACUUUCCGUUUUUGCUUUCCGUUUUGCUGUUUUAUUUACUUAUUCGAUUUUUUGUUCUUUUCGAUUGGGACAGGCGGCGUGACGUCGAUGGAUCAAUUUCUGGAGAAAUUCUUCCCGUCGGUUUACCGGCGGCAGCGGGCGGACUCCUCGACGAAUCAGUACUGCAAGUUCGACAGCGUGACGUUGACGGUGUUCACGUCGUCGCUGUACCUGGCGGCGCUGUGCUCGUCUGUGGCGGCGUCGUGGGUGACGAGGCGGCUCGGGAGGAAGCUGUCGAUGCUGAUGGGGGGAGUGCUAUUCUGCGCUGGGGCUUUACUUAACGCGUUUGCGCAGGCCGUUUGGAUGCUCAUCGUCGGCCGGAUUCUUCUCGGUUUCGGCAUUGGUUUUGCCAAUCAGUCAGUGCCUCUGUACCUCUCGGAGAUGGCUCCAUACAAAUACCGUGGGGCCCUCAACAUCGGAUUCCAGCUGUCAAUCACAAUCGGCAUCCUAGCCGCCAACGUCCUCAACUACGGCUUCGCCAAGCUGGACGGCAGCCUCGGCUGGCGGCUCAGCCUCGGUGGAGCCACGGUCCCGGCCCUCAUCAUCACCAUCGGCUCCCUUGUCCUCCCCGACACCCCAAACUCCAUGAUCGAACGCGGGGCCCGCGAGAAGGCCCGCGCCCGCCUCCGCAGGAUCCGAGGCGUCAGUGACGUGGACGACGAGUUCCACGACCUCGUGGCCGCCAGCGAGGCAUCUCGAAAAAUCGAGCACCCGUGGAGGAACCUCUUGCGGAGGAAGUACCGGCCCCACCUGACGAUGGCCGUGGCAAUCCCCUUCUUUCAACAGCUGACGGGGAUUAAUGUCAUUAUGUUCUAUGCGCCCGUUCUCUUCAAGACUAUUGGGUUCGGGAGCGAGUCGUCGCUUAUCUCGGCCGUGGUCACGGGGAGCGUCAAUUUCGUGGCUACGGUUGUCUCGAUUUACGGCGUGGAUAAGUGGGGGAGGAGGUUUUUGUUCCUCGAGGGUGGCAUCCAAAUGCUCAUAUGUCAGAUUGUGGUUUCGAUCUUGAUCGGCAUGAAGUUUGGCGUGAGCGGUGAACCGGGGGUGCUUCCCAAGUGGUACGCGUCGGUGGUGGUCCUCUUCAUAUGCGUCUACGUGGCGGGCCUUAACGUGUGCGUAAACAUGUUCUUCACGUUCGUCGUGGCCCAAGUCUUCCUCACCUUGCUAUGCCACCUCAAGUUCGGGCUAUUCCUCUUCUUCGGGUUCUUUGUGGCGGUCAUGACCGUCUUCAUCUACUUCUUCUUGCCGGAGACGAAGAAUAUCCCGAUAGAGGAGAUGGCGGUUGUGUGGAAGCGCCAUUGGUUCUGGUCGAGGUUCGUCGAGGACGAGAAAGUAAUUUUCUCCGCCAUCUAUCCCUCUAUCCCCGGUGGAUUCGCGCGACGUCGGCCGCUCAUCGACGGGACUCUCCCCAUGGACGAGACCUUCGACGAACCCGUUUCAGCCUCCGUAACCCGGUUCGACCUCCGUCUCAUCACUGCGAGAUGUGCCCGCCGCCAGUGCAAGAUCCACAAGCGAUGGGAGUUCGAGGACUGGGCACCCCGCACAAAGCCAAUGAAAUUUUUCGCCUCGAGAACGAAACGCGCAAAAAAUUCCGGCGGAGGCGAGGACAAGCGGAGGGCGGCGAGUUCCUUGAGCUUCCGGUUGCAGGGGGAGAAAGAUCUAUGA